CAAUCGUAUAUCAAUCAUUCCCUUACACACAUUCAAAAAGUUCAGAGACCCGACCCGAUCCCAACUAUCCCACAGGUCUUACCGAAUUCCCCUUCCGACUGACUUCAGAAUGUCGCCGCUUGAACAGAUAACAACCAAACAUUUGAGCAGCUUGUUCUCUGGCUGGUCCUGCGACAGCAAUGGCAGCGACGAGGAGUUGACCCCCCAGCAGGAGUCAUCCGGCUUUGGGACCUUCUGCCUUUUGUACCUCGGAAUGGCAGUGGUCUUCUUCUGCAUCAACAGCCUCACCAACCAACACACGGAGCACCAGUCACGCCUCAACAAGAAGAGCCGUCAAAGCGGGCGUUCGGGACGACAUCACUCCAUCGCUCCACGCAGGCGUCGUCACUCUGUCAGUCCCCGCAAGCGUCAGGGGAAGGCAACAGAGAGGGUCGCGUCGACGCCAGAUGUCUGGCAUGAUCCCUUUGGCCAGGAGGAGGAGGAGAAGGAGAACAAGAACCAGGAGGAGAAGGAGAACGAGAACGAGAAGGAGGAUGAUCAGCAGCAGGGCGACUGCUUUUUUGACAUCCUGUCGGACGAUAAAUAGAGGUCAAAGCCAUAGCCAACGCCAGAGCAUCGCCUGGGUCAUCGGGUCUCAUACAAAAUUUUAAAUCCAAAUUCAAAGAAUAAGCGGCACAAUAAAUUAACAACAAAAUAAAAAGC